AUGCCCCCGAGUUCUGACCCUUCCCAGCCUUAUGCCUUCAGCCACAGCACCUUCCUGUACACAAGCUGCCUCCCGAGAAGGGGACCAGCAAGCGGCCUGGAGUCUGGAGCCUGGGUCCCUGCCAGGCAGACGUGGAACCCAGGGGUGACUGUGAGAAAAGAGGCUGGGGAACCUCCAGGGUCUCCCUUCUCCGUCUUCUCCAUACCCCGAGGCCCGGUGCGGACAGAUGAACGGGAAGAGAUUCGAGCAGAUACCCCGCCGAGGGGGAGAGGAGGGCGCGAGCGGAGACAAACGUGGGACUCGCCCGACCUCUCGGCCACUCGGUGUCCUGCUCUACGAAGCGCGGCGGUGGGGCCGCCCUCUGUGCGGCUGGAUGAGUCUGCCUUUGGAGCUGCGAGGCUCUCUGCACGUUGUGAGGUUCGAGGCCCACCGCAUGAGCCGCACCGCCAGGGAGUAGGCGCCCGCCGCGCCAGCUCCGCGGUCUUCCAGACAGCCGGGCUGCAGCGCCGCGCGGCGCCGCCCCGGGCAGCCUCGUCCCUGCCCUCCGCGCCGCGCCCAUUGGUUGGGUUCCUUCUCGGCCCCGCCCAGCGACGGGAGCCGGGCGCUGACGCAUGCGCACGAGCUCUCCGCCGCCGCUGCUGCCGCCGCUUCAGCACCAGCGCCCGGACAGCGGCGCCGCCCACGGGCAUGGACGCUGGGAGUAGCAGUAGCGGCGGCAGCGGACCGGCUCGAGGCCCGGGUCCCGAAGGGGAGCAGCGGCCCGAAGAGGAGCCCUUGGCUCCAGACGGCAGCUCCCCGGACAGGUCCCAGACCAAGGCUGUGGCCCCUGAAGCAAGCCCGGAGCGAAGCUGCUCCCUCCACAGCUGCCCCCUGGAGGACCCUUCCAGUUCUUCAGGACGCCCACAAACAAAUUCCAUCCUCCCGCCUGUGGGUCCAUCCAGCCCCUUGGCCCCUGCCCACUUCAUCUAUCCCCAGGCACCACAGGACUACCAGGGGGGCAGUUCUCUGCUGGGACCAGGGGACCAGACAGCUCUCUGCUCCCAUGGCUCCAGCCUCAGCCCCUCCCCAGCCCCCUCACAGCUUGAUGGGGCCUGGAAGCCACCCCUGCAGCACCAUGUGGUCACUGUCAGGCAGGAACAGGCCUUCCAGAUGCCAAAGAGCUAUUCCCAGCUGAUUGCUGAGUGGCCAGUGGCCAUGCUGCUGCUGUGUCUGGGUGUCAUCCUCCUCUGCACCAUGGCUGGACUGCUGGGGAGCCGGCCUCCAGACUUCUCCGAGCCUCUACUGGGCUUCGAGCCUCGGGACACGGACAUCGGGCGCAAGCUGAUGGUCUGGAGAACUCUGCAGGUCCUCACGGGCCCCAGGAAGCUGCUCUCCCUGUCCCCAGACCUGGAGCAGAACAGCUCCAGCUCCCAUGGCACCCGGAGCCCAGCACCUGGGGUCGUUGCCCAGGCGAACAUUGUGCGGUCUCGGAGGAUGGUGGAGCCCCCAGAGGAAAAGCAGGAGGAGAGCUUCUUCUGCGGCCCCCCAGAGAAGAGCUACGCAAAGCUGGUGUUCAUGUCCACCUCGUCGGGCAGCCUGUGGAAUGUUCAUGCCAUUCAUUCCAUGUGUCGGAUGGAACAGGACCAGAUCCGCUCCCACACCCGCUUCAGGGCUCUGUGCCAGAGGACGGCAGCCAAUGAGUGCUGCCCCAGCUGGUCUCUGGGCAACUACGUGGCUGUGCUCUCCAACCGCUCCUCCUGCCUGGACACCACCCACGCUGACACAGCCCGCAUCUUGCUCCUGCUGCGGGCCUGUGCGCUGUACUACCACCGGGGGGCCCUGGUGCCCUCCUGUCUGGGACCCGCGCAUGACAAGUCCCCACACUGUGCCCAGGUUCCCACCAAAUGCACCCAGAGCAGUGCCAUCUACCAACUCCUGCACUUUCUGCUCGAUAGGGACUUUCUGAGCCCCCAGACUGCUGACUACCAGGUGCCCUCUCUCAAGUACAGCCUGCUCUUCCUGCCCACCCAGAAGGGGGCCUCCAUGAUGGACAUCUACCUGGACGGCCUGGUCACCCCCUGGGCGAUUUCUGACAACUACACGUCCAUCACGGGAAUGGACCUGGGCCUUAAGCAGGCGCUGCUGAGGCACUACUUGGCCCAGGACACGGUGUACCCCGUGCUGUCCCUGGCUGCCAUCUUCUUCGGCAUCGCCCUCUACCUGCGCUCGCUCUUCAUCACGCUCAUGGUGCUGCUCGGGGUGCUGGGCUCCCUGAUGGUGGCCUUCUUUCUUUACCACGUGGCCUUCCGCAUGGCUUACUUCCCCUUCGUCAACCUGGCAGCCGUCAUCCUGCUCAGCGGCGUCUGCGCCAACCACACGCUCAUCUUCUUCGACCUGUGGCGCCUCAGCAAGAACCAGCUGCCCUCUGGGGGGCUGGCGCAGCGCGUGGCCCGCACCAUGCACCACUUUGGCUACCUGCUGCUCGUCUCGGGCCUCACCACCAGCGCGGCCUUCUAUGCCAGCUACCUGAGCCACCUGCCGGCCGUGCGCUGCUUCGCCCUCUACAUGGGCACGGCGGUGCUGGCGCACGUGGCGCUCACGCUGGCCUGGCUGCCCGCCUCCGCCGUGAUCCACGAGCGCUACGUGGCGCGCGGCUGUGCGCCCCAGGGCCCGUGGGGCCGCAGCGCGCCGGGGCGCCUGGUGCUGGCGCUACACCGGCGGCUCCGCGGCCUCCGAAAGGCGGCUGCCAUGGGCUCCCGCCUGCUCUUCCAGCGCCUGCUGCCCUGCGGCGUCAUCAAGUUCCGCUACAUCUGGAUCUGCUGGUUCGCGGCGCUGGCGGCAGGGGGCGCCUACAUCGGCGGCGUCAGCCCGCGCCUGCAGCUGCCCAUCCUGCCGCCCCGCGGCGGCCAGGUCUUCAGGCCCAGCCACCCGUUCGAGCGCUUCGAUGCGGAGUACCGCCAGCAGUUCCUGUUUGAGCAGCCUGCUCAGGGCAAAGGAGGCCGCAUGCCCGUGGUUUUGGUGUGGGGCGUCCUGCCCGUAGACACGGGCGACCCCCUGGACCCUCGCAGCAACAGUUCCCUGUUGAGCGACCUCGCCUUCUCAGCCAGUGGCCCCGAGGCCCAGCGCUGGCUGCUGGCGCUCUGCCACAGUGCGCGGAAUCAGAGCUUUUUCGGCCCCCAGCCGGAGGGGGGGCCCACGCUGUGUUUCAUGGAGGCCCUCCAGCGCUGGAUGGAGGGCCCUGGCUGUGCCCGCCUGGGCCCCGACCUCUGCUGCGGGCAGUCGGGCUUCCCCUGGGCCCCCCAGCUUUUCCUGCACUGCCUCAAGAUGAUGGCUCUGGAGCAAGGCCCCAAUGGCACCCGGGACCUAGGACCCCGCUUUGAUGCCCAGGGCAGCCUAGCUGCCCUGGUGCUGCAGUUCCAGACCAACUUCGAGUACAGUCCAGACUACAGCCAGAUUCACCACUUCUACACCGAGGUCAGCCACUGGCUGGCCACGGAACUGCGCACAGCGCCCCCCGGCCUCCGUGGCGGGUGGUUCACCAGCCGCCUGGAUCUGUUCAGCCUGCAGCACAGCCUGAGCACUGAGCCUGCGGUGGUGCUGGGCCUGGCUCUGGCGCUGGCCUUCGCCACGAUGCUUCUGGGCACCUGGAACGUUCCGCUCAGCCUGUUCUCCGUGGCUGCCGUGGCUGGCACUGUGCUGCUCACCGUGGGACUCCUGGUUCUCCUCGAGUGGCAGCUCAACACUGCCGAGGCCCUCUUUCUCUCUGCCUCCGUGGGCCUCUCUGUAGACUUCACAGUCAACUACUGCAUCUCUUACCACCUGUGCCCACACCCUGACCGCCUGAGCCGCGUGGCCUUCUCGCUGCGCCAGACCAGCCGCGCCACCGCCGCGGGGACCGCAGCCCUGUUUGCCGCUGGCGUGCUCAUGCUGCCUGCCACGGUGCUGCUUUACCGCAAGCUGGGCAUCAUCCUCAUGAUGGUCAAGUGUGUCAGCUGUGGCUUUGCCAGCUUCUUCUUCCAGUCUCUCUGCUGUUUCUUCGGGCCCGAAAAGAACUGUGGACAGAUCCUCUGGCCCUGUGCCCACCUGCCGUGGGACAUUGGAACCGGGGAUCCUGCCGGGGAAAAGUCAGGCCACCCGCGACCUGGCUCCAUGGGAGGGGGGCCCGGGUCCUGCUCAGACCACUAUGAGCUGCAGCCCCUGGCCCGGCGCCGGAGUCCCAGCUUUGACACCAGCACAGCCACCAGCAAGCUGUCCCACCGGCCCUCAGUCCUCUCUGAGGACCUGCAGCUGCACGAUGGCUCCUGCUGCUCCCGGCUCCCGCCGGCCCCCGCCUCCCCCAGGGAGCUGCUGCUAGACCACCAGGCGGUCUUCAGCCAGUGCCCAGCCCUGCAGACCUCCUCCCCUUAUAAGCAAGCUGGCCCUAGCCCCAAAACCCAGACCAGGCAGGAGCCCCAAGGGCAGAAAGAUGAGCCCCCGCAGGCCUCCCCUGAGGCCCCGCCCCACUCCCCCAAGACCAAGGCCGAAGAGCUUCCUGAUGGCCUCUGCUCGUCAGCCAGCACCCUAGAGGGGCUCAGCGUCUCCGACGAGACCUGCCUAAGCACCUCUGAGCCCAGCGCCCGUGUGCCAGAUUCCAUGGGCGCCUCCCCCGAGGACCUGGAUGACACUGGGCAGCCAGUCCCCGAGCGGGGCCAGCUGAACGGGAAACGGGACACCCUGUGGCUGGCCCUGAGGGAGACGGUGUACGACCCGUCACUGCCCGCCUCCCACCAGAGCAGCUCAUCCUGGAAGGGCCGAGGAGGGCUGGGGGAUGACAGCCCCGUGAUGCUGCCCAAUAGCCAGCCCGAUCUGCCCGAUGUUUGGCUGCGCAGGCCCAGCAGCCACACCUCAGGCUACAGCAGCUGA